AUGAACAAGGCCGAACAGCGAUUGAUUCUUCUCCAACCCUGCUACAACCCCUCCAUCGUCAUGUCCCUCCCCGCCACCGGAUCUUCAGCCGACCUCAAGACCAUCCUCAUCCCCUGUGCGCCCAUCAGCACGCCCCAUGUUCCAUCCGGUACAACCGAGAUCCCUCUCGGCGACAACAGUUUGACGGCAUACCUCACUGUCUCAUCGGUCCUGGCUUUCGAUGGAGCUCUCGACACUAGAGCAAACUGCGUUGGCGAAGGUGCCGAUACCAAGUUCAGCAUCGAACUCACAUCCUCCCCUAUCCCCUUCGAGACCCAGACCAUAGAGCGCGACCAGACAUUCCCCGACAAGCUCGUCAUCCAGCCAACUGUAAACCCCUACAUGCCUCCCCUCGAUCCGAACGUUCGUUUCCCCAAUAACGACAACCAUCUCUUCUCCGUCCGCCUCACCACGCUUCUCCCUUCCAACAAGUCGGUCCUGGGUGCCCAGGUAUCCCAUCUGGGAAUGGACAGGACGAUGGGUCGACACCUUGUUAAGCUCCUCGACGCUCUGUACAAACCCUCCCCAGCCCGCGAACCAGUCGUUACAGGCUACAGGAGACAACACGAUGCCGAGGUCAAAGCCGAGCGUGUGCCGAAGAGUCAUCGGGCCGCCGCUGGCCGCAGCAGCGGCGACGCCAUGUGCGCCUUCUUGCGAGCGUUUAUAAGUAAUGGGAAGCCCAAGCAACAAUCCGCAUUGUAA